GGGCCCAGUACCUUAAACCAGUCAAUUACAAGAUGAAUUCAAUGCGAGAUGUCAAUCAUAUUGCUAAAUUUAACGGGCAGAAUUUUCCACUAUGGAAACUUGGAUUUUGGAUCCUACUGCAGCAGCACGAGCUGGUUAAAAUUGUAACUGGUGAUGAAACUAUUCCCGUAGAGAAUGUUGUCGAAGGAAGCAUCACCAAUGCUGAGGCCAUUGCAGCAUGGCACACCAAAGACACACUUGCCCGUGGCUAUAUCAUCUCAACGAUUGAGAGUCAACAACAAAGGUCUCUAAUCAACUGCACUACCGCCAACCAAAUGUGGGUACGUCUGACAGCCCAAUAUCUCCGAAACGCUGUAGAGAAUCGUUAUGCUUUACAAACGAGAUUCUUUGGGUAUCGCUACAAGCCUGAUCAAGAUAUCAUCACUCAUAUCACGGAAAUAGAGACGAUGGCCACACAACUUACAGACAUUGGGGCACCUGUUGAUGUCAUUUCAUAAUGACUAAGAUAAUCUGCACCUUACCGCCCAGCCACAGAAGCUUCGUUACGGCAUGGGACAGCGUCCCAUUUGCAGACAGAACAAUGGCCCUGCUAACCUCGCGUUUACUCAAAGAAGAAGAGAUGGCUAAACGGUGGAAUACAGGUCAACCUGACCCUCAAGACGCGGCCUUUUUUGCCCAUCAAUA